GACUGAUAAUGGUGUGCAGAGUCCAAGCGGUAUGAGCCUCGUGGCGCUCGAUCCCGACCACCCGGAUGUAGCGCCGGCGCGCUCCCGCGUUUUCUUGCGUGCGGGGGUCAGAGGGCGCCGCACAGGCGCACGGAGCCAACGCCGCCGCCAUGGACGAAACGGGAAGCACGGAGCAGAUGGGAACUAAGGAAGAAUUUGUUAAAGUCAGAAAGAAGGACCUGGACCGGCUGACAACUGAAGUGAUGCAAAUACGGGACUUCUUACCCAGAAUACUAAAUGGAGAUUUCCUAGAAAGCUUCCAGAAAUUAAAGAUUUUAGAAAAACACCUGGAAAUGAAAGAGCAAGAAUUGGAGCAGCUAAAACUGGACCGUGAGCAUUUCAAAGCCCGCUUGGAAACCCUGCAGGCCGACUGUGGAAGGGAGAAGAAGGAAAAACUGGCUCUUCAACAGCAGCUGAAUGAAGCAAAGCAGCAGCUCCUGCAGCAGGCAGAAUACUGUACAGAGAUGGGAGCCACCACCUGCACCCUGCUGUGGGGCGUCUCUGGCAGCGAGGAGGUCGUCAAAACCAUCUUGGGAGGAGAAAAAGCUUUGAAGUUUUUCCACAUCACUGGCCAGACAAUGGAGAGUUUUGUGAAGGCGCUGGACGGGGAUGUCAAGGACCUUAAUUCGGACGAGAACCAGUUCGUUUUCGCUUUGGCCGGAAUUGUAACAAAUGUUGCUGCCAUAGCCUGCGGCCGUGAGUUCCUGGUGAAUUCCAGUCGGGUGCUGUUGGACACCAUGUUGCAGCUUCUGGGGGACUUGAAGCCAGGACAGUGCACCAAACUCAAAGUGUUAAUGCUGAUGUCCCUGUACAAUGUGAGCAUCAAUUCGAAAGGCUUAAAAUACAUCAGUGAGAGCCCUGGCUUCAUCCCUUUGCUGUGGUGGCUUUUGAGUGACCCAGAUGCAGAAGUGUGUCUCCACGCCCUGCGCCUUGUCCAGUCGGUGGUUCUGGAGCCAGAAGUCUUCUCCAAGUCAGCCUCCGAGUUCCAGCACUCACUGCCCCUGCAGCGCAUCCUGGCCAUGACCAAGAGCCGAAACCCCCACCUGCAGGCCGCGGCCCAGGAGCUGCUGGAGGACCUCCGUGCCCUGCAGCGCAGCGUGUAGCCCCCGCCCCCCUGCAGCUUCCCCGCCUUGGGCUCAGGAUUGCACCUGUGACACACACUAGAGGGCAGAUCAGCUGACUAGAGAUGGGCGUGAACAGAUGUGGGUCCCACGGCGCUGCUCCUAGAAGUGGCACACGGAGUAGCGAGUAGUGUCACUCUGGCCACAGGAGCCUCAGAACGCUCCAUCCUCCGCCAGGGCCCAACUAUGCUCCCAGAAGAGGGAGCCCAUCUGUGAGCUGGAACCUCAGAGGCGACACAACCAUGGAGCUCGAGGUUAGCAUCAUCCUGAGAGGCCUUUCUCUGAAAAACGGCUCACUCUGUCUCUAGUCAUUGGAAUUCAUCCCUCCAGACAAGGGUCCCCUUUAUCCCCUCCUGGUAAACCUAUUCCAGAUGACAUCGAACAUUUUAGCUCUCUACUUUUCAUGCCUCUUUUACUUUUGAAUAAAGUCAGAAGAGUCCA